AUGGAUGAUGCUAUGCGUCGUAGCAUCUUUGGUUCAUCUGAUGAAUUAGUUAAACCAUCGCCGAAGCGAAGGCGCUCGAGGUCGCGAGACUCGGGCGCUAACAGUGGUGUCGGUUCUCCUAUGGACACCACUUCGCAACGAGGUGCCAGUCCUUCUGUCGGCACGUCGCAGAAAGAGCGGGACCGCAAUUUCUUGCGUCUCGCUCCUGAGAAGAAGGCAUGGAUGCCUCCAAAAUCUGUCAUGGAUCACUUUUCGGCGACGACGAGUGAUCGUUAUCGAACACGGUUGUUCGAUUCGUCAAGGAUUCAUCACCUUGACCCCAGCGCGAAAAACUAUCGCGCUGAGAAUGAAUUCUUCAUCGAUGCUUUCUUUAGACAUCGAUGGUACAGUGGGAAUCACAAGCGUGAUGGUCCCUCACUGCUUCAAGCGUGGAACGCCUACAUCCAUAACCUUGAGGAUGUAGGCCGUGACGUUUGGAACGACAAACUUAUCAAAGGUCGUGAUAAGUUUGAAAAGCGAACCCCGACAGGUGCACGCUACAAGCUGCAUCGUCUGUCUAAGGAGGGUGGUUUACCCUGCCUCUCCUGGGGAGACUCGUGCCCGUGUUGUGUAAACAACUCUGCACGAGCACCUAAGGAGGCUUACCUCCCUAAUAGCCCGUGGUGGCGCGUACGUAUCUCCACUGAGAUGUACGAAGGGAUUGACAACCUGAAAUCCCUUUACGACCGUGCCGGGAAGAAUUUUUCCAGCGGUCCUUCUGCUGCACAGGAUGUGCCGCGUCGUACUUUUCAACCAGACCCAGUACGUCAACCAUCACUUGGGAGCGGGGCUCCCAAGUAUCCCAGGACGGGGGAUAGCCGCGCCACCGGACGAGAUAACUCGUCCAACGUCCGUUCACGUCGCGGUGGUUCAACAGCUGCUCAACCAGAUAGCGCUGGCCACCGGGAGAGUCCUCUAAUAGAGGUGGAGGAGGAGGGAAGACGCUCUCCACACAAUCGUGGGGAAGCGUGUGUUCCCGAGAGAUUCUUUGACCGCGUAACGCAAGGGUUACGCGGCAAUCUCGAACAUGAGCGGGACAGGCGUCUACAAAUGGCGGACACUGUCUUGAAGCAUCGAGCUGAGUUUGCCUUUGCACAGCUUGAGAAUGAGAGAGCUCUGACAUCUCUGCGUGACGAGCUAAUGGUAGCUCGUGGGAUUGUUGAUCGGUCUCGGGCAGAGACAACUGCUCUCCAGACCCUUGUCGAUGCCCACCAUCGGGAGCACAAGGCUCUCUGCGAGAUGCUUGAGCGCAAGGGCGUUCUUCAUCGGAAGAAGCAGCGUACUGAUGGUACGGCUUAA